GAUUUUAUGAUUGAAAAGGUGAAGCAAGUUAUUUUUGAUCAUGAAGGAAAGCAAGCAGAUGGGUUUUCUCCUUUUUAUUAUGUGGUUCAUCGAAUUCUUGUUGAUCGUUGGGCAAAGAGCAACACUCCCCUUCAUUGUUUAGCCCAUUCAUUAAAUCCAAGAUUUUAUAGUGAAAAAUGGCUUCAAGAGGGAGAAGGUAGAGUGCCUCCUCAUAUGGAUGAAGAAGUAUCAACUGAGAGAAUUAAAUGCUUUAGGAGGAUUUUUUCUAAUCAAGAUGAGCGAAUUAAAGCAAAUGAUGAAUUUGCAAAUUUUUCUUUAAAAAGUGGACCUUUUGCUGAUCCUGAUUCUAUUGGAAGUAUGUAUGUUACAGAUCCUAGGAAAUGGUGGGCAUGUUUUGGUUCUAAUGCACCUUUACUUCAAAGGUUGGCUUUUAAAGUGCUUAGACAACCUACUUCCUCCUCUUGUUGUGAAAGAAAUUGAAGUAUUUAUUCCUUCAUUCAUUCAUGCAGAAGGAAUAAAUUAACUCCAAAACGUGCAGAGGACUUGGUUCUUAUCCAUAAUAAUCUUCGUCUUUUGUCGAGAAACUCUUCCCAAUAUUAUGAUGAGAAGACAAAAUUGUGGGAUGUUGGUGGUGAUCAAUUUGGGAGUAUGGAAGAUGUGGGAGUUCUUGAAUUUGCCAACCUUUCAUUGGAUGAACCAGAGUUAGAGUCAGUUUUGUUUGAUGAAAAUGUAACUACAAGCAUGGAGAAGGAGAAUGAGAAAGACAGUGAAGUUGAGGAAAUGUCAUAAAUUUCAUUAUCUUUUCUUUUUUAACAUUUGAAUGUGUUGUAGUUAAUAUUUAUUUCUUAUAAGUAU